AAAAUAUCAAUGAUCUACGUUACGUGAACAAUAGAAAUGAUCUAAAAUGAUAAAAUGAAUACAGUAUGAGAUCUGCCAAGAAAUAACAAUAAAAAGAUAGACGAGACAAGCUGUGGCAAAGAGACAGCUGCUCCGAUCGAAGGACAUGAAUAGAGGGGGCGGAAGGGAGAGAGGGACAAAGAAAAAUACGAGGCCGAAGCAAAGGGAGAACACCAUAAACAUACAAGCUCGGAUUGGUUCUGCUUUCUCCUUUGUCUACUAGUCUACUGGAUGGAAACAUGUUAUAAUACGGUCAGGCUGUUAUCAAAUCAUCAUUUUAAUUGUUGUUUUUCAUUGCGCGUGUUUACGGUGUUGUAUCGGAGACCGGAGAGGUCAGAAUUUUGGCGCCGUAUUACCGACGCGACAUCAGUGACAGUGUAAAUGGUUAUGUUAGCCGAGCGUACUUUCCAUACGCGUUUUAUCGUAUACAUUCCCGUAUUAUAUCGUUCUCGGUAUCCCCGUUGCACAAUCGUAUGGACUUUUAAUCGAAAUCGUGAUCACGAACGAAUACCUCACAUCAGCAAUAACGUGGAGUCAAGGCUUUGGAGACUGAUGUUAUAUUGUUCACCUGUGUAACAAGGAAAUAUAAUCACGAUAAAGCACAUUUCUUAGUUUCCAUUGAAAGAAACAGGUGGAGAAGAAUUUUUAACAGAUAGAAAAAUACAAAUAGUAGAAGUGAGGGUGAAGCGUGGUAGUAAAUGCAGUGGUUGAAGAAAAGAUGGACCCAUCAAUGUUUGUUGCAUACACCCCUCAAACAAAUGGCGUUCCAUUGGAGUCCAAGCUUGCUACCUACAUGAAUCGUCAAAGUCCAGGGGUAACUCUAAAUACAACAGCUGUUACAAAACAUUUAUCAAACCUUUCUCUGGAUUCACAGAAAAAGGUAACUGCCAGUCCAGAAUUUGUACCUGGUAGAGGUCUUACUAGUAGUAACAGCAGUUCUCCGAAUCUUUUCAAUAAUUCCUAUCAUUCACAAGAGAAUGUGGGUGGUACAACAUAUUUUUACCUUGGAAAUGCAGCAACUGAUACUGUUGGAACCGAGGAAGCGACUGAAACUAUUGGAAAUGUAGGAGCAGGUCAGGUAGGCUAUGUCUAUCCAGGUACUCCUGCACACCUCCAGCCAGUAAAAUCUACAAAACCUCCAUCAUCUAAUAGUUCUUCUGCCCCUUCAACCCCUCCUCCUCAAGCAACCCCCAGUUUCUUUGUCAGUGAGAGUUUAAGAAUGGACAUUCUCCAAAAAAAUGCUUUAACGUUAGCACAACCUGAUGUAGUACGAUUUCCUGAUCUACCAAAUGAGGUGGAUAAUUAUCACGAGUUGUGUCCAUUGGAACCAAUUCAUAAACCUGCUUCGACCAUGCUUGGAUAUCAAACUUCAACGUACAAAGCUACCAGCAUUAAGAGCGGAACACGUUAUUGUCUACGACGUAUACAUGAUUUCAGACUUGCUAAUACAAAGUGUAUGGUGCUGGUAGAUAUGUGGAAACGAUUAUCGCAUACGAAUUUGGUGCAGUUAAGAGAAGUUUUUACCACCAAGGCUUUUGGUGACCAUUCCAUGGUGUUUGUUUACGAUUAUCAUCCCGCAUCGGAAACAUUAUUAACUAAGCAUUUCUCAGCAACCGAAUUAAAUGGUUAUACAGAUCCAUUUUCUUCGGAUCCAAAUGCUCCCCGACCUUAUAGUCAUACUAAAAAUACUAUUUUAAGACAACAACAUAGUAGUAUGCUACCAGAAAGUGUUAUAUGGAGCUAUAUAAUUCAACUCACUGCCGCACUUCGUGUUAUACAUGCUGCUGGUUUGGCAUACAGAUGUUUAGAUCCUACAAAAGUGUUACUCACGUCGCGAACGAGACUUCGUUUAAGUUGUGUAGCUAUACCAGAUGUUGUUACUUUUGAUGGAAACACAGCAAAUCCACUUUCGCUUAUACCACACUAUCAACAAGAAGAUUUAAUCGCCUUAGGAAAGUUGGUGUUGGCAUUAGCAUGUCGCAGUCUCCUUGCCGUCCAUCGCGACAACAUGCAAGCCUCCCUUGAGCUCGUCGCACGUUCCUAUUCUACCGAUCUUCGAAACCUUAUCCUGUAUUUACUUUCUAAUCAAACACGAAGAAGUGUAACAGAUCUCAUGCCAAUGAUUGGAGCACGAUUUUAUACGCAAUUAGAUGCAGCUCAGCUUCGAUCUGAUGUAUUGGAAAAUGAAAUUGCCAAGGAAUUAGAAAACGGAAGAUUAUUUAAGUUACUUGUAAAACUGGCUACUAUUAACGAAAGACCCGAACUUAAUAUGGAACCUACAUGGGCAGAAACUGGUGAUCGAUACAUGCUCAAAUUGUUUAGAGAUUACGUUUUCCAUCAGGUAGCAGCUGAUGGAAGACCAUGGUUGGAUAUGGCACAUGUUGUAUCUUGUUUAAAUAAGUUAGAUUCAGGUUCUCAAGAUAAGAUAUGUCUUAUGUCGAGAGACGAGCAGACUGUAUUAGUUGUUAGUUAUGCAGAGUUACGACAAUGUUUGGAAACUUCAUUUGGAGAGUUAGUACAAUCUGCAAAAGAAGCUGUUUAGGUCCGUGUCACAUUUUUUCUCAGCCGACCAGACAGUACAUACUCCGAACCAUAAAUGUGAUAUCAUUUAGCGGUACUAUCAUUUUAAUCUUAUCAAGACAUAGGAGAGUGAGAUUCGGCUCGAGAAUUAAGUUUGUGAAAAUAAUAUGUGAACCAGUUUGUAUGCAUGAUUACAAAUGUGAAACAUUAAAUACAUGCGAAAUACAUUCUGGUACCGUCAUUUGAAUGUAAUAUAUGUGUGUGUAAGGAGAUCAUGUGAUGAUGUGUAAAUCAGGAAGUGCUUGAUCUUUCUGUAAAAGCUAUUGCGGUACUAUACAAAAAAAAAAAAACAAAAAUUGUACACAACUUAAUAAUGCAAUGAAGUCUUAAGAAGUCUUAAGAACAAAAACACCUAAACACAGUCAGUGUUAUAGGAUAGAUCUUAGUUUUUAGGAUACAGCUGGUAAGCAUUAAUUUUGAAAUAAAUGUUUAUUUUUGAAAGCAAUCUUAAUCAA